CCAACUCCAAGUUCACAAACUCCUCACAACAAAUUUCAUUAUCUCGAUAUUGACUAGUGAAAGUGUAUAUACAAAAAAAUAAAGGAAAAAGACUUUCUGUAAUUACUUAGAAGCGUCUAAAAGAAAAUCAUGAUGAACAAAGUUGUUCUGAGUUCGAUUCUGUUUUUCAUGUUGGUGGGUUCGGUUCUUGUAGUGGAGGCUCGUCCCUUGGGUUUAACGAAGGCCGAAGAGAAGCUAGUGGCUAAGUUCUUUGAUGGUUUAUCACUUGGAGCGAUCAAGGAAUCGGGUCCUAGCCCUGGUGGUGAGGGUCAUAAGUUCGUGAAUCGAAGUGAGCCGCUUGUAUAUGUUAAGCAAUCCGGGCCCAGCCCGAGUGGACCGGGUCACUAAUUAAGAAACCCGUGGUUCCAGUGUUCUUACCGGAUUGGUUAAGGUGGCCACUUCGAUCUAACUUCAAAAAAUGUGCUUACUUCUUUCGUUUCUUUUAUUUGUUGUACUUUUCAGACUAGUUGUAGGAAAUACUUUUUCUUUACUUACCAUACAUGAUACAAUGGAGGAAAUAAAGAAUUAGUAGAACCUCACUUUAUUCUAUGUUGGUUUAUUUUUUAUUACAAAUUUUUAUUUAAAACAAUUUACAAUGUAAUAAAACCUUGAUUAUUUUCAUUAAUAUAAUAAAUUCUUUUUA